AUGUCAUACAAUUUUGCUGAAAUGGUGUUGCUACUAAGAGCUCUUUGCUUUGAUCUUUACUUUCCGCCGCCUUUGGACUUGAGCAACAGCAACGUUUCUGUCCUGCGAACUACAGGCUUCUUGCGGCGCGUCGCCGAAGCUGUGGACGCUUUUCAUGGGCGGCAGAUGUGGCCAGUGCAGGUUGCUAUUGCUGCAUCCGUGUUCUUGGUCCGUGCCCGAAAGGUGCCAGAAUGCCAAGGAACUAUGCUGAGUUGUACAAAGGAGGCUGGUGAUGAUCCAUGCCCCUUGGCCGAGAGCUGCGCGAAGAUCUUCCACACAUGCCCGCAAAGAGGUACCUUUCGACGAUGUGAGCUGACUGCAGCUGGGACAUGCGCAGCAGGCAGCACAUGCUACAUUGAGUGCUGGGGACGGAGGGUCCCAGAGGUCUCGAGUUGUGUCCAGGUGCCCAUCGAAUCUUGCCAAGACGCCUACGUGGUUGAUGAGGAUGGAAAUGGUGUACUCUGUAUGCUGAAAUCCAAUGAGGAAUGCACUGAGAGGUCAAAGUGCUUUGCACCUGCAGAGAUUGCUGAGCAGACUUAG